AUGGCCGCCGCAGCUGUACAAACUAUUCCAACCGUUCCAACAGAGCCCCAGGCACCUGUGAUUGAUGUGCUCAAGUAUGACUAUAGCCAUCUCCAACCAUAUGUGCACCCUCCAGAAACCAAAGAAAGUCUCCCAUGGUCCGAAUUAGUCACGCUCGACCUAGAAGACUAUGACCGACCAGGAGGAAAAGAACGACUAGCCAAACAACUAGAACAUGCCGUCCAUCACGUCGGAUUCUUCUACGUGAAGAACUACGGCCUCAGCCCGGACCAAGUGCAACAGCAAUUCACCAUUGCCAAAAACUUCUUCCAACUCCCUGUCCAAGAGAAGGAAAAAUACGAAGUCAACUAUGCUGCCGCCGACUAUAAUGGAUGGAGACGCCCAGUCGGCCCCGGCACUGCCUUUAGUAAAGUGGAGAUGUAUAACAUUCCCAAAUUCACCCAAGACUUUGUGGGUAAAUACGAUCACCCGGACUUGAUCAAAGCACAUAUCGAUGACAUUGAAGUCUUCUCUCGAGCUUUGCACAAUAAUGUGGUGUUGCCGUUGUUGAGACUCUUUGCCAUCGUGUUGAAACUACCAGAUGAGGAACAUCUCGUCAAACAGCAUACAUACGAAGAAAAGAGUGAAGACCACUUCCGAUAUAUGAUCUACCAUUCGAAAACUGAACAGGAAUGGGCUGCUGGCGAAUAUGGAAAAAAGACCGGGCAUACUGAUCUGGGCACAGUGACUCUCCUAUUCAGACAACCAGUUGCAGGCCUACAGAUUCUCGGCGAGGAUGGAAAUUGGACCUGGGUGUCUCCUCAACCGGGUACCAUCACCGUCAAUCUCGCCGACACCAUCUCUCACUUGACAGGAGGUUGGCUUAAGAGUUCAGUUCAUCGUGUGGUGGCUCCUCCUGAGGAUCAACGAGAGUAUGAUCGAACUGGGUUAUUGUACUUUGCUCGUCCGCAUAACACGACCAAGUUGCUUCCGAUUACGGAUUCACCGGUCUUGCAGGAGGCAGGUGUGCAGCCACGGUUUGAGAAGAUUGUUACGAUGGAGGAAUGGGUCAAGGCUAAACAGUUGCUGCAGUUGAAUCCUGAGAUUGCGAAGAAGAAGUAUUCCGAGUCUGGGGAUGGGACAGCCGAGGUUCUUGCUGGGUUUCGUGAUCGGAAAUAUAAAGCGUAG